AUUGAUCUACUGAAAAGGGGCGUGGUGACUGUGUUGACCUCAAAAUAUUAAAGAAGACGUACAUGCACUGCACUGGAGAAUGGCUGCAAGACAGAACAAAACAGAAAGAUUCAUGGUGGAAGAGCUGCGUCGGGAGAGGGAGGCAAGCUCUCUCAACAUCUCUGAGCUGACUACCUUUGUUGAUGCCGGAGAGAUGUUAUCAGAGAGAAGGAAACAGCUCUUUGAUUUGGUUGUGGAAGACCCAGUGUUCAGCAUGGCCGAUACUUAUUUUAUGUCGAGAGAGGAAUCUUUUGAUGAUGCAAUGAAGAAAAGUGUUCGUUUUGUACAGAAAAAGAAGGAGCUUGAUUUUGAUCCAGUAGAGUCAGAAAUAUUCAAGCGAGCCAUUACAGAAGUUCUGCCUAUUUCCGUACACCAGGAUAUGUUCAUCCCUACGAUCAAGGGACAAGGUACUCCUGAGCAACAGGAGAAAUGGCUCCCUUUGGCAAAGGACUACAAGAUCAUCGGUGCUUAUGCACAGACUGAGCUUGGACAUGGCACCUAUCUUCGAGGGCUUGAGACUAUUGCUACAUACGACCCUUCAAGGCAGGAGUUUGUUUUGGACUCUCCUACUCUCACUGCCACAAAAUGGUGGUCUGGAACAUUGGGACACACGGCCACUCAUACUGUGGUAGUGGCAAGGCUGAUCAUCAAGGGAGUUGAUCGUGGACCCCACACCUUCAUCGUCCAGCUGAGGAGCUUGGAGGACCACACUCCACUACCAAGAAUUGAGGUCGGUGAUAUUGGACCCAAGUAUGGAUUCUUUGGAAUGGACAAUGGGUUUUUGAGAAUGGACAAAGUUCGCAUUCCUCGAGACCAAAUGUUCAUGAAAUACUCAAAGGUUCUUCCAGAUGGGACGUUUGUGAAGCCACCGGUUGCCAAGGCAGCCUAUGGUACCAUGGUGGGUGUCAGGUCCAGCAUUGUCGUCUCGUCUGGGCAAGGACUAGCCAGAGCAGUCACCAUUGCCACUCGAUACAGUGUGGUCCGCAGGCAGGGAGAGUCUUCUACCGGUGGCCCUGAAGUGCAGGUGAUGGAUUAUCAAACCCAACAACUCAAGCUACUGCCACUCAUAGCCACAGCUUAUGCACUCAACAUAAGUGGUAUCGACAUGAUGCGAACGUACUAUCAAAUUCAGUCGGAAAUUAUGGAUGGCAACUUUGAUUCUCUUCCCGAGCUUCAUGCCACCAGCUCUGGUUUAAAAGCUUUCUGCAGUUACUCGUGUUGUGAAGGCAUAGAGCUCUGUCGUUUAGCCUGUGGUGGACAUGGCUACUCUCUUGCCAGUGGACUACCUAGCAUAUUUGUGAGGUAUGCACCAGCUAUGACAGUCGAGGGAGAAAACACAGUACUCUACCUGCAAACAGCCAGAUACUUGAACAAGCUGUACUCUCAAAAGCUUCCCUCCUCUGGGCUGGCAGACAAUGUGGCUUAUCUUGCCUCUAACUACACUUUUCAGAAGAGGUCUCCUGUGAGAACUGCUCAACAGUUUCUUGAUCCACACGUCCUACUGGAGGCAUACAGACAGCGAGCCAGAAGGAUGGUAGCCAUAGCUUCUUUAAGACUUACUGAAGGAAAAAGAAGUAGUUUAUCUCAAUCUGAUGCUUGGAAUUUGUCCACUUGUGACUGGGUUACUGCUUCAAAUGCCCACUGUCACUACGUUGUGCUGAAGUCAUUCUACAGUGCUGUCCAGUCCAGUGACUUGACUGGCAGCAACAGAGCCAUGAUGGACGCACUGUGUGCUCUCUAUGGUGUGUUUGGAAUCACCAAGUAUUCUGGGGAGUUCAUGACUGAUGGCUACAUGAGCAGUGAGCAAGUUGCUCUAGCCAGAGACCAACUGUACUCUCUGUUGAGCACGGUGAGGAAGGAAGCUGUGCCUCUUGUAGAUGCCUUUGACUUCCCAGAUGAGAUUCUCAACUCUGCUCUCGGGCGCUAUGAUGGAGAUGUCUAUACACACCUCUACAAGUGGGCCCAGAGAGCACCCAGAAACAAGAAGAAGGUACACGAUGUUUAUGAGAAAUAUCUAAAAGGGAUGUUGAAACCAACAAAAGCAAAACUAUGAACAUUUUAGUAUUGAUAAGAGUGUCAUUCUUAGGUUUUUGUUCACUGUGUGUGUGAACUUUUUAUUUUUAUACUUUCUUAUAUUAGAACAUGUUACUAUCUAUCAAGUUGUUAAAAUCAA